UAGCUCCUGCUGCCUGCCAGGCACUUAUCAGCUAUGUGCCCUCCCCUAGCUGGUCCCUACAGCCCCUUUCCAAUAGCCUGCUGCAGAAACUUCCACGAAGCACCUGUGAGGGUUAGGAGCUUGGAGAAGCGUGGAUUAACAGGUGGAAAGCACCAGGAGCUGUGAACCCCAACCCAGACCCUAGGACCCUGAGGCUUACGAGACAUCACGAAGGCCAGGAGGUUGCUGGGAUGGGAAGCAUCAGAACUAGGUUGCUGUGGUUAUGUCUCCUGAUGCUGUUGGCCCUGCUUCACAAGUCAGGAAGUCAAGAUCUCACCUGCAUGGUUCACCCGAGCAGGGUAGACUGGACUCAGACAUUUAAUGGCACCUGCCUCAAUUUCAGUGGCCUUGGCCUGUCCCUGCCAAGGAGCCCCUUGCAGGCCAGCCAUGCUCAAGUCCUGGACCUGUCUAAGAAUGGCCUGCAGGUGCUCCCUGGGGCUUUCUUCGACAAGCUGGAAAAGCUGCAGACCCUGAUUGUCACCCACAACCAGCUGGACAGUGUGGACAGGUCCCUGGCCUUGCGCUGUGACCUGGAGCUCAAGGCAGACUGCAGCUGUGGGCUGGCCUCCUGGUAUGCUCUCCGCCAGAACUGCUCCGGGCAGCAGCAGCUACUGUGUCUACACCCAGCCACCGAAGCUCCAAGGAACCUCUCCACCUUCCUUCAGGUCAGCUGUCCCCCCAGCUGGGGCCCGGGGACCAUUGGAGCCCUUGUUGCUGGGACUAUCUCCCUGGCUGUGGCUGUCAGUGGAUCUGUGCUGGCCUGGAGACUUCUUCGCCGCCGCCGCAGAGCCAGUGAGCACAGCCUCAGCAAAGCCCAGAUGUCCCCACACGAUAUCCCCAAACCAGUGACAGAUUUCCUGCCAAGGUACAGCAGCCGGCGACCUGGCCCCAAGGCCCCAGACUCACCACCCAGCAGGUUCACAAUGGAUUAUGAGAAUGUCUUUAUUGGCCAGCCGGCCGAGGACUGCUCAUGGUCUGCAGCCAGAAACAGCCCUUCUGGGGACAGUGACUGCUACAUGAACUACAGGAGUGUCGACCAGGACUCUCAGCCCGUCUAUUGCAACCUGGAGUCCCUGGGGCGAUGAGGAGAGUGUGGUCUCCUGGCGCUGAACCAGCCUCCGACAGCCCCCAGGAUCCAGCACGCUCAACAUCACAGGGGGUAGAGGACACCCCACCCCCCCACCCCCAAAGCAGAAGGAGGGUCAGAAACAACCCUCCGGUCAGUGUGCAUGCAUGUGAUGCUCAAUAAAAGCUCUGGGAGCAGCUGACUCUA